UUGCAAGCAAGUGAAUGAUAAUUUGAUACAGCGCUGUGAUUGUGAACCGGUGAAGGAAGGAAAGGCAAAGAAAUCCGGGGAUCGGAAUCAAUGGCGUCGAAUCAGCAAGGAGGUACAGCUAGCACACCCGUGAAGAGGAAGCCGGUGUUCGUUAAAGUGGAUCAACUGAAACCGGGAACCAACGGUCACAACUUGGUCGUUAAGGUCGUGUCUGCCAACACCGUCUUGCAGAAAGGACGACCCUCCACUUCUUCUCGGAACCCUCGUCCAACGCUAAUCGCAGAGUGCCUCGUCGGUGACGAGACCGGCGCCAUCCUUUUCACUGCUCGAAACGAACAAGUGGACUUGAUGAAGCCAGAGAGCACAGUAAUCCUUCGAAAUGCGAAGAUUGACAUGUUUAAGGGAUCAAUGAGGCUAGCUGUGGACAAAUGGGGCCGAAUUGAGGUAACAGAACCUGCAAAUUUUGUAGUCAAAGAGGAUAACAACCUUUCUCUGGUGGAAUAUGAAUUGGUGAACGUGGUUGAAGAAUGAUACCAUUUUAGAGUGGAAAGAUGACCUGAUGAUUUGAUUACCAAGCUACUGAUAUUGCCCGAGGUAAAACUUUUAACUUGAAGGAUGGAUUGAUAUGCCUUCUUUUACUUAAAUCAGCAUGUAAUUCCAUUGCAUGUUUGGCAUCUUUUUGAGACAAGUUGAUGCCACUAGAAACGCGUCUGCGUCAAGGGAUUCUGACUUGUUAGUUUUGUCAGCACUUGUAUCCAAUGAACGCUAGGGGGUUAUAAUAUCGUGUGAAUACUUCUUUGGAUCAAGAAUUGCUUGUAGUUGAAUGCAAUUUACAGGCUUUUCCUA